UUGUAUGGCCUUUUUACCUUUCUCCAAUAUUUGUCAACAAACCCUUCCCUCUCCUCUACUUGCUUGAACAUGAAAGCUUCCACUCUACCCUUAUACCCAACCCCUCUUCCCAAAACCUCCCUCUCUGCUUCUCAUUUCUCUCUUCAUCUCCUUCCAAUGGCUUCCAUUCCCACACUCUCCCUUUCAAACCCCAACAACCAUUGCACUCUCCCUCCCACCUCUCUCUUCGGCACCAGGAUUACUCUCCUACGCGCCACCUCAUCGUCCCGUUCCCUCCCCAACACCAAUUGCCGUGCCACGUCAGCAACCGUGUCGUUUAGCCUCCCCACCCCGAAACCCCUUUCGGAUACUCCUGAGAAAACACCAAAGUGGUCGGCGAGGGCUAUAAAAUCGUAUGCAAUGGGGGAAUUGGAAGCGAGGAAGCUCAAGUAUCCAAACACGGGAACCGAGGCACUUCUCAUGGGGAUUUUGGUUGAAGGAACAAGUAAAGCUGCAAAAUUCUCAAGAGCUAAUGGAAUUACUCUUUUCAAAGUACGUGAAGAAACAGUAGAGCUACUUGGGAAAUCUGACUUGUAUUUCUUCAGCCCUGAGCAUCCUCCAUUGACUGAACCAGCCCAGAAAGCCCUUGAUUGGGCAAUUGAAGAGAAAUUGAAGUCAGGUGAAGGAGGAGAAAUAAACGUUACACAUUUACUUCUAGGAAUAUGGUCACAAAAAGAAUCAGCAGGUCAACAGAUCUUGGCUACUCUAGGUUUCAAUGAUGAAAAAGCCAAAGAACUUUCUAAAUCAAUUGAUGGAGAUGUUGAUUUGAGUUUCAAAAGGCAGGCUUAACAAAUUUCUUGCAAUAAUGGUUGAUUGAUACCUGCCUGUUGAUCCUUGGGGUUGCAAGUUCCUCGAGGGAAAAUUAACUAUACUCUCUCAAGAUUAUCAACAAGUACCUGCAUUAAUGUUAUUUCAAAUACUGUGCUGUACACCAUUUUGGAGAUGAUGUAUUUUUUUUUUUUUUUUUUUUUAAUUUAUACAACUUUUGUGGAAGUCAAUUUUUAAGCAGUGUGUGAUGGUGGAAUUGCAGUCACAUACACACUGCAUCAUCUCUACCCUGUAACCUACCAAUACCUUCCCUUUUGAAUGAGUUGUAUCUGGAUCAUUUUGCUAACACCGAAACUUUUUUAUAUUUUAUAUUUAUAUUUAGUACUAA